AGAGGAGCCGCCGGGGCCGCGAGAGCAAACAGUGGAAGGGUUGAGACUGUCGGGAGGGCACACCGGGGGCUAACGGAGGACCAAGACGAGCCUUGGUUUUUUCCUUCCAGGGAACGAGAGCUUGCCGCUUCGCUGUGUGCCGAGGCUUCCGGCUCCCUUGCUUAGGCGGAGGCUUCGGCUGACAAAGGGCUCGCGCUGGUGCCGCCGCCCUUCUCAUCCGGGCACUCGGGCCCCUGCGGAGCGAGGGGGAGGGGAAGCGCGGCGGGGGCGCGCGCUCGGCGCCGAGGGGCCCUUGGCGGGGCUGCGGGCCUGCAGCCCAACCGACGGAGGCCCGAGAGGACCCGCCGAGGUGGCGGCGGCCGGGGGCAGGAGGAUGGUGCAAAAGGACAGCCAGGCGACGCUGGAAGAGCGGGAGAGCGAGCUCAGCUCUAACCCUGCCGCCUCCGCAGGGACGUCGCUGGAGCCGCCGGCAGCUCCAGCCCCUGGAGAAGACAGCCCAGCCGGGGCCGGGGCAGCGGCCGGGGCCGGGGCGGCUGCAGGGGCUCGGAGGUUCCUGUGUGGCGUGGUGGAAGGAUUUUAUGGAAGACCUUGGGUUAUGGAACAGAGGAAAGAACUCUUCAGAAGGCUGCAGAAAUGGGAAUUAAAUACCUACUUAUAUGCCCCAAAGGAUGACUACAAACAUAGAAUGUUUUGGCGAGAAAUGUAUUCAGUAGAAGAAGCUGAGCAACUUAUGACUCUCAUCUCUGCUGCCCGGGAAUAUGAGAUCGAGUUCAUCUACGCUAUCUCACCUGGAUUAGACAUCACCUUUUCCAACCCCAAAGAAGUCUCUACACUAAAGCGCAAACUGGACCAGGUUUCUCAGUUUGGGUGCAGGUCAUUUGCCCUGCUUUUUGAUGAUAUUGACCAUAAUAUGUGUGCAGCAGACAAGGAGGUGUUCAGUUCUUUCGCUCAUGCUCAGAUCUCCAUCACAAAUGAAAUUUAUCAGUACCUAGGAGAGCCAGAAACUUUCCUCUUCUGCCCCACAGAAUAUUGUGGCACUUUCUGUUACCCAAAUGUAUCUCAGUCUCCUUACUUAAGGACUGUGGGAGAAAAACUUCUACCAGGAAUUGAAGUACUUUGGACAGGUCCAAAAGUUGUUUCUAAAGAAAUUCCAGUGGAAUCCAUUGAAGAGGUUUCGAAGAUCAUUAAGAGGGCUCCAGUAAUUUGGGAUAACAUUCAUGCUAAUGAUUAUGAUCAGAAGAGACUAUUUCUGGGCCCAUACAAAGGACGAUCCACAGAACUUAUCCCACGGCUAAAAGGAGUCCUCACUAAUCCCAACUGUGAAUUUGAAGCCAACUAUGUUGCCAUCCACACGCUUGCCACCUGGUACAAGUCAAACAUGAAUGGAGUAAGAAAAGAUGUAGUGAUGACUGACAGUGAAGACAGUACUGUAUCAAUACAGAUAAAGUUGGAAAAUGAAGGCAGUGAUGAAGAUAUCGAAACUGAUGUACUCUAUAGUCCACAGAUGGCUCUGAAGCUAGCUUUAACAGAAUGGUUACAGGAGUUCGGUGUACCUCAUCAAUACAGCAGUAGGCAAGUUGCACACAGUGGAGCUAAAGCAAGUGUCGUGGAUGGGACUCCCUUAGUGGCAGCGCCUUCUUUAAAUGCUACAACGGUAGUCACAACAGUUUACCAGGAGCCCAUUAUGAGCCAAGGAGCAGCUUUAAAUAGUGACCCUUCCCCUCUGAGCAAGGAAGAAGAAAAGAAACAGCCAGAUGAGGAGCCCAUGGACAUGGCCGUAGAAAAACAAGAAGAAGCAGACCACAAGAAUGACAGUCAAAUACUAACUGAAAUUGUUGAAGCUAAAAUGGCAGAGGAAUUGAAGCCAAUGGACACUGAUAAAGAGAGCCUGGCGGAAUCAAAAUCCCCAGAGAUGUCUAUGCAGGAAGAUUGCAUCAGUGACAUUGCCCCCAUGCAGACUGACGAGCAGACAAACAAGGAGCAGUUUGUGCCAGGUCCAAAUGAAAAGCCUUUGUACACAGCUGAGCCAGUGACUCUAGAGGACUUGCAGUUACUUGCUGAUCUGUUCUACCUUCCUUACGAGCAUGGACCCAAAGGAGCACAGAUGUUACGGGAGUUCCAGUGGCUCCGAGCAAAUAGCAGUGUUGUCAGUGUCAAUUGCAAAGGGAAAGACUCUGAAAAGAUUGAAGAAUGGCGAUCACGAGCAGCCAAAUUUGAAGAGAUGUGUGGACUUGUGAUGGGAAUGUUCACUCGGCUCUCCAACUGUGCCAACAGGACAAUCCUUUAUGACAUGUACUCCUAUGUUUGGGAUAUCAAGAGUAUAAUGUCUAUGGUGAAGUCUUUUGUACAGUGGUUAGGGUGUCGUAGUCAUUCUUCAGCACAGUUCUUAAUUGGAGACCAAGAACCCUGGGCCUUUAGAGGUGGUCUAGCAGGAGAGUUCCAGCGAUUGUUGCCAAUUGAUGGGGCAAAUGAUCUCUUUUUUCAACCACCCCCACUGACUCCUACCUCCAAAGUUUAUACUAUCAGACCAUAUUUUCCUAAAGAUGAGGCUUCCGUGUACAAGAUUUGCAGAGAAAUGUAUGAUGAUGGAGUGGGUUUACCAUUUCAAAGUCAGCCUGACCUCAUUGGAGACAAGUUAGUAGGAGGAUUGCUUUCCCUAAGCCUGGAUUACUGCUUUGUUCUAGAAGAUGAAGAUGGCAUCUGUGGUUAUGCUCUGGGGACUGUAGAUGUGACCCCGUUCAUUAAGAAAUGUAAAAUUUCCUGGAUUCCCUUCAUGCAGGAAAAAUAUACCAAGCCGAAUGGUGACAAAGAACUCUCUGAAGCUGAGAAAAUAAUGCUAAGUUUCCAUGAAGAACAGGAAGUGUUACCCGAAACUUUCCUUGCCAACUUUCCUUCUCUGAUAAAAAUGGAUAUUCACAAAAAAGUAACUGACCCAAGUGUGGCCAAAAGCAUGAUGGCUUGUCUUCUGUCCUCACUGAAGGCUAAUGGCUCUCGGGGGGCAUUCUGUGAAGUGAGACCAGAUGAUAAAAGAAUUCUGGAGUUUUACAGCAAGUUGGGGUGUUUUGAAAUUGCAAAAAUGGAAGGAUUUCCGAAGGAUGUGGUUAUCCUCGGUCGGAGCCUGUGACAUUUGUUGGCACUGUGAACUGUCCAAAAGUCUCCUGACUCCACCUUGUGGGUGGUGGUUGGGGUCUUCAUACAGUUCAGCUUCUCAAACGGCAACAAAUCAAACCAACUGAAUUGGAAACAAGGAAGACUGUGUAUACUUACCUAUCACACCUGCAGACUCCUCAACUGUUUGAAAGAGGAUAGUAAUGCUGCAGCUGUCCUGUGGAGCUGUGCUGGAGCCUCUUUCUGCGGCUUUGGAUCUUGUUGUGUUAGGUGUCACCAGGACCUCCUCCAUGGGUACAUGCAGGGAAGGGGGCUCCUUAAUAAAUGUAGUCAGCACUAUUUUCUGCAUCCAGUGUGGUUGCAUUUCUCCCCUAAAAUCACUCUUGUCAUCUUCAGUAUUGAGUGAGAAGUCUCAUGCUCUGUGGAGAUGAAGCGUGACAGUGAAUUUCAGAGGCUCCUGGGUAAAGAUUCAAGUUGGGGUGGUUGUGGCAUUGGUUCAGGGGGAUUUCAAUUUUUCUGUAAAGCCCUGCCUGGCCAGUUGUCCUCUGUAGUGACCAUUGGUUCCAGGUUGUUGUGCUUUGUAGGGACAAAUGUGCAGUUGGUUUGUGACAAAAGCCUAAAAUUGAUAAACUUGUAAAAUUCAUUGUAUAUAAACUACUCGCUGUAACUGACUGCUUUGUGUUCACAGUUUUUGUAAAUUUUCCUUUUGAAAAUGAAAGGGUGUGGAUUCAGGAUGGCACUUUGAAUAAUGUAAAUCAGUGGCAGGUAGAUUUUCUUGUUAUCUUUGAUUUUUUUAUAAGUUCUAUUACUUUUCAAGUGCCUCCCACCUUGGGGUAGGCCACGACCACUUGGAGUACGAGAGCCUGACUUCAUGGGACUCUGUUGCAAAGUGCAGUCACUUCUGAAAAUGAACGUCAAUGACAGGUCAGCCUGUGAAAUGACAGAGCUGACAUCUGUCGGGCCAGGGCCCGGGGACUGGUGGGUCCCAUUUGCCCUUAGAACAGUUGUCCUGUAAUCUCAAGACCUGUCACUACUGGUUUUAUUAAAUCAAGCCUUUAAUUCUUGCAUGUUUAUAUCUAAUUUUUAAAGAAUGAGCACACUUGAACCGAUGAUUUAUGGUUACCCUCUUUUUCCUUUAAUCACAGGUCUGGAAGCUUCAUGUGUUUUAAUUUAGAUUUGUGUGUUUUAAGGAUUCUGAACAUGAGGCUGGCAGUAAUUUCUAUAGGAUUCCUUUUUUUCUGUCAUGGCUGGUUGACUUGUAACCAUAGAUUUUGUGUUAGUCACAUUGCUUCCUGCAGUUUUGCAUCAGGUGUUUAACUUUAAGCUGAGUGUAGCGUACUUGAAAUAUUUUUCUUCACAGAAUGCCACCAGUGCGGUCUUUGAGAGACUCAGUGUGGUACUCCACCCGAGCGUGCAGACUGAGUGGGCGAGAGGAGAGAGGCAAGAACUGGCUCUAAACAGCGGAGGAGGCGCCCAGCCUGGUGCGAGAGGAAGGUUAAAGAGGCUAAAAUAAUCAGGGUUAUGUUUGAGGACACCUCAAAACCUAGUGGAUAGAUAGCAUUUUACUCGGAGGAUUUCAGGGUCAACCUUGUAACAAUCAGGAUUUUCAGAAAGUUGCUUUUUUUUUUUUUUUUUUUUUUAAUCUUGGUUUGUAAGAAUCAUCUUGACUAGUUUUGGUCGCAAGUGUUAACCGUAUGAAACAGCUGUCUGGGUGUAUGCCGUCGGCACACUAGAAUUGCAAAGAGCUGUCUUCCAUGGUUAUGAAUAUUUAUUAAAGCUGGAAUGACAUUUCAUUGAUUGUUUAUAUCACAACUCAGUUCCUGUAGAAAACGAACUGUAAAACCUAUCUGAAGACCAUGCAAGAGGCAAAAUAAAACUUGAAAUGAA